AUGUCGGUUGUGAACUCGAACCCGUUCCAGCUGCUGGGUGUGGACGGCGCGGAGGAUGCGCCUGCUCCUGCUCCGGCUGCCCCUAAGACCGAGUCGGCUCCUCGCACUGUGCCUGGUGCGCCGCAGUCGGCAGGCGGUGUGAAGGCGCCGGAAGCUGCUGACCCGGUUGAACAGCGUGACUCUCGUGCUGUGUCCCGUGCGCGUGGUGAACGUGGCCCCGGCCGUGGCACCGGCCGUGGUGGCCGCGGCGGCCGCGGCGGUCGUGGCUCGGGUCGUGGCCGUCAGUUCGACCGUCACUCUGGCACUGGUCACGAAGACACUGCCAAGACUGUACGUCAGGGCUGGGGCGAUUCCAACCCCGAAGAAACUCUUAAGAUUGAGGAGGGCGCCAAAGAGGAUGCUGAGAAGGACAAGCAGGCGCCUGAGCCCAAGCCUCAGGUCGACGAAGAGGAGGAUGAGAAGACCCUCACUCUGGACCAAUACCUGGCCAAGCAGGCCGAAAAGCGUUCGUCUAUGACGGCGCAGCCUGCUCCCCGCCCUGUGGAGGCUGAUGAAGCCUCGUACGGCCAGCGCCUCGAGCGCAGUGAGGGUGAGUCGUACUUUGCCGGCACCGAAAAGAAGGCCGCGGCCCCCAAGCCCCGCAAGGAGACCAAGCAGAGCAUCGAGAUUGAGCCUGUGUACACCCAACCCCAGCGUAGCGAGCGUGGCGCUCCUCGUGGCGGUCGCGGCGGUGCCCGUGGCGGUCGCGGCGGCCGUGGUGACAACCGUGGCGCUCGUGGUGGUGCCCGCGGUGGUGCUCGUGGUGGCGCUCGUGGUGGCCGUGGUCCCGCCUCCCAGGGCCCUACCGUGAAUAUCGCGGACGAGCAGGCCUUCCCUAGCCUGAGCUAA